UACUUUCAAGAGUAACAACUUAAGCAUGACAACAUAAAUCUAUUUGUUUAGACUCGCCGUUGUUUGAGAAAGAAGUUCAUUCAAGAAAGAAAAGAUCGGAUAGCGGAAAAAAUAGUUAUAUUUUUCUCGACAACAGAAGUGGGAAGACGGCCAAGGUAAACAAACCGGUCAAUAAAAAUCUCGUUGCAUGUGCGUGAGAAACCCGUGUUUCAGUCAAAGGCCAAGUGCACAAACGUAUUUCUGAGAAAUGUGCAAAGUUCACGCAUUAAAAGUCACGUUUCUAGUAAUUAAGGCCAACUCCUUUUAAUUAAGUGUUCCGAUGAGUUUCCGAUAAAUGCGCUUCCGUGUACAUACACUUGCAAGAAUUAUUGUUUUUGUUGGUUUCUAGAGGAUGAGAACGUAUUCAUACGAAUUACGACGUGUUGCUUUCAGACUCAAGACACACAUAUUCAAUUUCACACAAUUUAUAUCUAUGUGAAGUCAGUGCACUUAACACAUUAUAUAGUUGGAUUUCAUGAAGUGGGACAGGGGAAGUGUGGGGAACUCGGAAAGACAGUUAUCUCAUCAUCAUCAUCAUCAUCAUCAUCAUCAUCAAUCAAUUUUAUUUAAAAUGAAAACACGCUAGCCUUGCACAACUGAAAGCUGAUUUACAGGAGGGGCGUGAUAUAUAAAAUAGUAAAAUAUAUAGAAUAUUAUAUAGACCCCCAACCUCCCCUCCUCCCCAAACAACAAAGAAAAAUAAAGUAAGUAAAGAGAGUUAACUAUAAUUAAGUCAACAUGGUUCUAAAAGGACAGCUCCGCAAUACUACGCUUAAAUUGACUGAGCGAAGUCGCUCUUUUUGCAUCUAAUGGAAGAUUAUUCCACAGCAUUGAUGCGCUAUAUUUAAAGCUUCUCUUCAAAAAAUUAGUUUUUGGUUUUGGAAGUGCUAGAUCCGUUUCCUGAUUUCGUAAAUUAUGGCCUCUAUAAGGAUUUUAUACAUUAGGAUACUCUUCGACUUAGCCCGCCUAACAUGUAGAUUAUCCCAUCCUAAACCUUCCAAAAGAUCACUUGAUCAGGAGACGUAUAUUACUGUCGUCUUUGUAUUUGGUGACAAACAAGUAUCAAUACAUUUACACUUAACCAACAUUUCUACAGUGCAAAUUCACAUAUGGAUAAGGUCAAAUGUACUUCAAUUGUUACCUAUAAUUACAUACAUACUUAGUCUAGACUAUUUCGUCUUUCACAACAACUGCGAUACUACUUUCUUAACUGUGUUUAUCCUAACCCACCCUGUCAAUUUGCCCUGUGGGAGAAAAUCCAGAGCACCCGGAGAAAACUUUUGCGGUCAAAUCUAUUAAAGACAGACAUUAAUCGUAUGAAUAUGAGCACCUUGGGAGCUUCAAUUGUUGAUUUCGCUUUUUAUGCUAAUUUUCGAAAAUUUUCAAAACCGCAGUGACCACACUUAAAGAAGCCGCCAAAUGAGUUGAAUCAAUGCAAUACAAUCAUGCAACUACCAUACAAUUAUCUACGUACUGUUGAAGCCAUGGUUUGCAGAUGUUUUGUCGGCAAAAUGCAAGGUUUAAAAGGGUCAAUGGAUAUGAAACAGGUGUAAAAGAAACGAAUUCGUUGUUAUUAAGAAAUGUGAAUAUGAAAAUAUAUAUUUUAUCGUUGAAAGAUUUCAUAGUGCCAGCAAUUACGUAAUUACUAAAUUAGAUUUCAAACACUUGAAACACGUUUCAUACGAAUAACAAUUAAUGAUAUUGAAUUAUAAAAUUUCCUUCGUAGGAAUAAUAAUUAAAUUGAAUAACAAUUAACGUUGAAAUAUCCCUCCUGCUGUGAAUAUUGCACGACGAAUGACCAGGAUAAAGCAAUGGGAUAACUGGAACGCUACCUUCAGAUAAACUCCCGAUCUUUUUCUUGAAGUCAAAUCUGAUCCCCAGACACGCGUGUUUGGGAAUGAACGCCUCGUGUUCUCUCGCGAGACCAGUUUUGGGAGCGGGCAUGUUGUUUUAAUAAGAAAAAAACUUACAGUAAAGUUUAUACUAGGACGUUUUACCUGAAUAAGUGCAUUAACAUUAAGUUUUCAGCGCUGUUAAAAACCGCUUUUUGUAAAUUUUAAGCAGCUUUUCAAUAAUACAUAUUCACAUGUCGAUAAAGUUGACUGUGCUCUCUAGCGAAACAUGUCUGAUAUUAUACACUAGAAUGGAGCGUUGAAACGUUGGAUCGUGGAUGUAAUUUGUUCAGGGAUUACAUUCAUUUACUUAAACCAGAGUAGCGAAACAUGUCUGAUAUUAUACCUGGUUGCAUGAACCCACUAGACUGGAGUGUUGAAAGGUUGGGUUGUGAAUGUAAUUUGUUCAGGGAUUACAUUCCUUUACUUCAACCACAGUAGCGACGUAUGUCUGCAUAAGAAACCUUUUGUUUAGUUGUACUGGCGAGAUGUGAACAAGAAAGAUCCAGCGAGAUAUUACACAAGCCUUACAGCAGGACAAACGAUUGGACUUAAUACAUACGACAAUCACGAGUGGACGGCAAAAGACAUCUUUCGUAGAAGUUUGUUGAUGAAUGAUAAACGAGGAGUCCUUCAGAAAGGAAACACAGAAGCCACAAGAUCUGUUGUUAUUAUAAAAAAUAUAGGUAGGAAUAGUUCACAGUGCUAUUAUGCGAUCACAUAGGGGGGUUAGUUGUACAGAGGUCAGUGCACAUGUUUUUCACGUGUCUGUGACCGAUGUUUGUUUGAUUCUUCGGUUACAUUCUUAGGACAGCUUCUACAGUAGUUUCCACCAAACAUCACAGGUUUUCUAUGGUAACAUUGGAUGGCCCUUACUGGACCUCUAGGGAGAACAGUUUGGAACUGAUAGAGCUAUCCAGUAUAAGUAAAGUUAAUUAGUUUAGGUUUUCUCCUGUAGUAACACUGGAUCAAUAAGAGAUGAUCCUUACUGGACCUCUAGGAAGAACAGUUUAGAACUGAUAGAGUUAUCUAGUAUAAAUAAAGUUAGUUUAGUUUAGGUUUCCUCCUGUAGUGACACUGGAUCAAUAAGAGAUGAUCCUUACUGAACCUGGAUCUAGAAAGAACAGUUUAGAACUGAUAGAACUAUCAAGUAUAAAUAAAGUUAGUUUAGUUUAGGUUUCCUCCUCUAGUAACACUGGAUUAAUAAGGGAUGAAUUUUAUCUAGCAGUUUAGAUAUGAUAGAGACCGAAGGUUUAGUUACGCCUGAAUUUUUUCAAAUUUUAAUUCCAGGCCAAAGAAAUACAGAUAUUGGUGAUCGCUACGUUGAGAUGAUGGUUGUCGUGGAUAAAGCUGUCAUUGGAAGACACAGAAAUGAUGAGGAAGUGAAGAGAUAUGUUCUAACGUAUUUAAAAUUGGUGAGUGAAAACUAACUUUAUUUAUACUGGAUAGUUCUACCAGUUCUAAACUGUUCUCCCUGGAAGUCCAGUAAGAAUCAUCGCUUAUUGAUCCAGUGUUACAACCGCAGUUCUUUUCAUUAUCCUGUAUAUCAAAAAUUUUUCUAAAUAAUAUUCAGUUGAUUCCUUUCAAAAUUUUUAGGCAUCAGCAAUUCUUCAGCACUCAGACAUAACUAAAUAUGGACUCAAAAUACAUUUAGUUCUUGCCAAGUUGGUUUUGUUGCGCAGAGAUCUGGUGAGUGAAACCCUGGUCACAGAAGGUGAAAGAUUUAUAAACCUAUAACCACUGUACUAUUGAAAAUAUAUUGUGUAAAUUUCUUCUGAUCAAUCGGAGAACAGAAAACUAAAGUCUCCGAAGAAAACCUGUGGUGUUUGGUAGAGUCAAACUGGAAGCACUCUUCUCACCAAGACCGGAUCUUGGUAGAAGUGGCGACGGAGGUGGGGAUUAAGGGAGGUGCAGAGGUCUAGUUCACGGCACCUAUAGAACGUAAGUCAACGACGUGACGUAUGCAUGACCUGUACAUAUGCAUCAGUGUAUUUAUGUUCUUUUCAAGGGGAGGUGCAUGCCUUUUCAAAAGAGUUUCAAAAAAUUUCAGAGGAGGUGCAGAACAAUCUCAGGGGAGAUGCGCCUCCCCACACUUCCUUCAAAAUCCAGCCAUGCUUCUCACAUACGACUGAGGGAAAAUUCUGAACAGAAUGAAAGAUAUUAGCAAUAAGCCAUCAUGUACAAUCCAACCAACACUCUCGUCAUCAUUUCCUAGAGCGAUGUGAGACUGGAUCCAGACGAGAGAGAAAAUAAUUUGAGAAAAGUGUGUAAUUACAUGAACAAAAUUGGGAACGGUGGAUCUAGGAAAUAUGAUCACAAAUUGUUUCUAACAAGGCAAGAAAUUUUCAAAUGCCUUCAUUAAUAUAACAACGUAUUAUGGAAACUUAAUUAAACUUAUACUGUCAUUUCCAAUGUUAUUUUUCUAGGAAUGAUUUUGGAAUGGGAGGUAUGGAUGUUUCAAAUGUAAUGUCUAAUGUUGAAUGAACUAACUUGAUUUAUGUUGGAUUGUUUUAACAAUUCUGUGGUACUACAUGCACAAGGAUUUCGGAGAAAACCUGUAGUGUUUGCUGCACACGUAAAAACGCACAAUUGUAAUAAACCUGCAGCAGACUUGUAGCAAUGCUGUUCCAACAACUUGUCAACAGGAUGUGUUCGCACUGCUUGUUCCCAGCUUGUUGACAAGUUCUCAACGGCAUGUUGACAACUUGCUACAAGGUUGUUGCGCCAAACAGACUUGUUACAAGUUGUUCCAACAACUUGUUAUCGUCCUGCAAUUCAACAACUUGUCAACAAGUUAUGAGUGGCAACAUUGUAGCAACUUGAUGAAAUAACAGCAUUGUUACAACUUGGUGACAAGCUUGCUACAAGCCUGUUGCGAACACAUCUUGUUAACAAGUUGUGAGAUUUUUACGUGUGUGACCUGCAGACUCGUAUGGUAGCAACAUCCUAAGAUUCUGUCUCCUAGGUUACGCGAACACGCGAGGAAUGUGCAGUCAUUACACAAGUUGUUCAAUGGUGUAUGAUCAUGGAUUUACAGCCUCGUUCCUGGUCGCACACGAACUAGCGCAUUCGUAAGUUCCACUUCUAAAACUUGAAUGCGCACUUGGAAGACUUAGGGUUCCAAGUGUCGCUCCUACAACCCAACUUGUUCCUCUUAAAGUUUCAUUUCAUGAACUUUCAUGUUCACAUUUGUUCAAAAUAUCAGUGUGUUAAUAAUGUGUGUUUGUGUCCCUAAAUAUGUCAUAACUAGUGUUGUCUUUGUUGGGUUGGUCUUAAUAUGGGAUUCUGGUCCUGUUAACUAUACCUUCAACCUUAUUCCUUCAUCUAUGUGUAUAUUCGUAAAUUUAAUAAUUAUUUGUUCAUGCAUAAAAGGUUGUAAAGUUAAUAUGUAAAGAAUAACAAGGACUAGCUCAGUAUGCCAACAGCAGAACUUCAGUUCUCCCAGUAGAUAUAUGUCCACCAAGUACCUCGUCUGUAAACGGUGUUAACGAUAUCUAUCGACUUAGGUUCGGCGUUGAUGAUCGCGACUUCGGACAGAACUCGGGCUUCGUCAUGUCACAAAUGGUGGACGCACGAUUUAAUCAACACCGCUGGUCAAAGUACAGUCAAAUUGCAAUGCUUACCAAUAUCAG